ACAGACACACACCAUCUCCACCCUGAGAUCUUUCUCCGUCUCCGUUGCUUGUUUCUCCCACGAAAUCUUUGAAAGUAAGCGGAUGGAGAGUGGUGGGCAGUAUGAAAAUGGGCGCUACAAGCCCGAUUACAACAAAGGGACACAAUCUGUGUAGAAUAUGAUGCCUCAGCAUCAGAUAAAGGAGCAACAUAAUGCAUUGGUGAUGAAUAAGAAGAUCAUGUCCAUCCUUGCUGAGAGGGAUGCAGCAGUCAAGGAAAGAAACGAAGCCGUAGCAGCAACAAAUGAAGCAUUAGCCGCUCGUGAUGAAGCACUUGAGCAGCGGGACAAAGCUCUCUCUGAAAGAGAUAAUGCUAUUAUGGAGACAGAAAGUGCGUUAAAUGCUCUUCGAUACCGUGAAAACAAUCUUAACUACAUUUUGUCGUGUGCCAAGCGUGGUGGUUCCCACAGUUGUGUAACUGAAGAAAGCCACUUACCUGCCCCUUCACCUAUAUCAACUAUUCCACCUGAAGCAGCCAACACGAGACUGACCAAAAGGAAGAAAGAGAGCAAGCAGGUAGCACGAUCAAAGGGAAAGAAAGUGGACGAGGAUCUGAACCAUCAAGUUGCUUCUCCGGGAAAGAAAAGCAGAAAAGAUUGGGACAGUUACGAUGUCGGUUUAAACCUAGUCACAUUCGAUGAGACGACAAUGCCAGUGCCCAUGUGCACUUGCACUGGGACUGUUCGUCAGUGUUACAAGUGGGGAAACGGCGGUUGGCAAUCUUCUUGCUGCACAACCACUUUGUCUCAGUAUCCGCUCCCGCAGAUGCCAAACAAGCGGCAUUCUCGAGUGGGAGGCAGGAAAAUGAGUGGAAGUGUCUUCUCCAGGUUACUUAGCCGUUUAGCUGGCGAAGGGCACGAGCUUUCCUCUCCUGUUGAUCUCAAGGACUAUUGGGCUAGGCACGGCACAAACCGCUACAUCACUAUCAAGUAACCAAGAUUUAUGGCCCAGUAGCCACUAUAUAUCAAGUAUUGCUCUCUCUUCAUCCAUUUUUCUUUUUAUCGUUUUAGUUUUAACAAAUAGGAUCAAAAGUCGAAUGAGAGAUGAAGCUAGGCUCGUUAUUGUUUUUACUGUCGAUAGUUCCGUACUUCCGUUAAUGCAAAUAUUUAGUAGUAUUGUUUUGACUUGGUUUUGUUGUUUUAUGUAACUAAUUAAUAAAAAGUUAAGAUUUUC